CGCCGAUCGAGCCAUGUCGACCACCAGGAAUGCUUCCAUCACGGUCGUCGACGAAGAUGAAGUUGGCGUUACUUCGGUCUUUAAGCAGCGCGGAGAACAUGCUCUGGUGCAGGAGGGCGCCGACCACGAUGAAGUGACUUUGGUCGCGUUGGGAUACAAGCAGGAAUUCAAAAGAGACUUCACCAUCUGGGAAUCUUUCUCCGUCUCUUUCUCUGUCCUGGGACUUUUGCCUUCAGUCGCUUCCACUAUAUCUUACAGCUUAGGCUACUCAGGAACGGGUGGAGCGCUAUGGGGCUGGCUCAUAUCGGCCGCUGCUAUCCAAGCCACGGCUUUCAGUAUGGCAGAACUAUGUUCCAGUAUGCCCACCGCGGGAGGACUCUAUUACGCCUCCGCUGUACUCGCUCCCGACGGAUGGGGUCCCUUGGCUUCCUGGUUCGUUGGAUGGUCAAACUUCUGCGGCUUCGUGACGGGACCGUGUUCUGUCAACUACGCGCUGGCCUCGAUGUUGAUCACAUGCGGCAUGAUCACCAAUCCGGAUUAUGAACCCAAAACAUGGCAUACCUACCUCGUCCUUCUGCUGUUGCUCUUCAUCAAUGGCGUCGUCACCAUGCAAUCGACCUGGUUCAUUGGCUGGCUGAACAAAAUUGGGACUGUUUGGAACGUCGCCGUCAUCAUUAUAUUUGUCAUCUGGUUCCCCGUUGGGUCCAUCAACCAUCCCAAGACCAACAACAGUCACGGAGUUUGGACAACAUUUGAGAAUGGGACAGAAUGGCCGAUAGGUUGGGCCACUAUCAUGGGCUUUUUGACCACUAUCUGGACCUUGUCCGGCUAUGACGCCCCUUUCCAUCUCUCCGAAGAGUGCAGCAACGCCAACAUCGCGUCGCCACGAGCCAUUGUCAUGACCUCUCAAUUAGGUCUUUGGCUUGGAUGGAGUAUAAUUUGGGUAAUUUCAUACACAGUCAAGGAUAUCACCGACGUUGUUGCUGGCCAGUAUGGACAACCGUUUGGAAGCUUAUGUCUGCAAGUCCUGGGCAAGAAGGCAGGACUUGCAAUGUUCUCCCUGAAUAUUAUUGCUCAGUUCUUCGUUGGCACAGGCUGCACCAUCACAGCUACGCGCGUCAUCUUUGCCUACUCUCGUGACGGAGCCAUCGUCGGUUCGAGGUGGUGGAGUCAAGUGCAUCCGAGGACCAGAACUCCAGUCUAUGCGACUUGGGGCGUGCUUACAGUAUCAGCCCUUCUCGGAUUGUUGAUGUUCGCAAGCCCUGUCGCUAUUGGCGCUGUUUUCAGCCUGGGCGCAAUUGCUCAAUAUACGGCGUUCACCACGCCUACAGCUUUGAAGCUGUUUUUCGACAAUGGCAAAUUCAGACCAGGGCCUUGGAAUCUUGGAAGGUGGUCAAAGCUGUCGGGGGCCAUCGCUGUCGGCUGGUGGCUUCUUAUUGUUCCGGCGCUGUGUUUCCCGGCCGUAAAGGGAAAAGACCUCACUCCUCUCACGAUGAAUUGGACAGCUCUGAUUUAUGGAGGCGUCAUGUUCCUCGCCCUCUCAUACUAUGCCAUUAGCGCACGGAAAUGGUUCAAGGGUCCACGCGUCAAUGUCGAGACCACCCAUGAGGGCGCUGAAGUGUUGGAGGGCCAAGUCCCGAGCGAGAAAGAUGCCGACGAAGGAAAGCCAUUGCAGGGCGCAGAGUCCAAGAUGUAGUCUGCAGAAUUGGAGCCAAUGAUGUAGCUAGUAUAUAGAAAGUUUGCAACCU